GUUGCGGAAAAAACUGUUACGUGAUUGGAAAUUUUUCUGACCGUCGGAGAUGCCACACAAGAUUGGCUUUACUGUAGUCUAUGCCUCAGGGGAGGAGGAGCAGCACCGCGCAGCCGAACUGAACACGCACGACCCCACGGUGCGGGGCUGGCGCUCCGCCAGGCACUGCCCCUACCCGCAGGAGCUGGUGCUGCGGCUAAGACACGUCGCCGUCGUGCAGAGGAUACAGAUACUCGCUCACCAGUACCUCAUACCUGAGAAACUGGAGCUGUGGUCUGCGAACACAGACUGCAGUGCGGACGCGCAUGAAAAUGGUGACGUCCCUUGCGUCCCGAGCGAGGCGAGCUUCCAGUACUUGGGCUUCAUCACGCUGUCGGACAACCAGAGCACUGAGUUCAAGUCCAGGGAACUGAAGUCCGUCAUCGUGCCGUCCUACACGGCGAACUACCUCAAGCUGCAGUUACACGCCAACCAUCAGAACUCGCUGAAUGUUUACGACCAGGUUGGUCUGAUCGCCAUCAACGUGCUGGGGCAGGCGCUGGACGGGGCGAACGGCGAGGACUUCUCGGGGCAGCACGUGGAUGCCAGCAACCCGCUCCUGCUGGUGAGCAACCCCCAGUACGUCUCCCCGUACGACGACCUGGCCUUCGAGAUGUACGUGGACCUGGAGGUGGCCCAGUUGAUCCGAGCCUUGGAGGUCAAGAAGCAGCACGCCAUCAUCUGCGAGCGCUUCGAGUUUGCGCGCCGGCUGAAGUUGGCGAUGGAGAACCUGCGGGUGGCCGGGGAGAGGCUGAGCAAGUACGAGCUGGAGAAGCGACACGCCAUCCAACUGGAGGACUACGACCGGGCCAAGUACAAGAAGGCCCAGAUGGACGAGUACAGGAAGACCGUCUACAAGUACCUGGAAGUGGACGAUCUGCUCGAGAUAAACGGCCGGCUGGGGAAGAACGACGAGAGCGCGGAGGGGCCGUGCGCCGGGCAGCGGGCGGAGCUGCCCCCCCCGCCCCCCCGCCUGCUGCGCGUGCCCUCGGCCUCCCCCAGCCACGACCCCCCGGCCGUGCACAUGUCGCCCGUGUCGCCCCUGCACCAGCACGGCCGGCCCAGGAGCCCGCCCCCGGCCGCCAGCCCCGCCGACCUGCGCGGGUCUCUGCGGCGCAGGCACAGGCCGGCGGCCCCGCCCGGCGCCCGCAGCAGCUACGAGGCGUACGAGGAGAGGACCCUGCCCGCGCUGCGACACAGCCACAGCACGGGCAGCGCCAAGGAGCCCCCGGCGGAGGUGGAGGGGGCCGGGCGGUCGCGGCUCUCGGACCGAGAGCGCAAGCAGGCGGCCCUGCCCGUCUCCGUGUUCGGAGACGACAUGGUGGAGAAGUUCUACUCGAAGCAGUACUCGGACAAGGAGGACGGGCUGCGGCAGCUGCAGGGGGAGCUGAGGCGCCACGUGGCGGGGGAGGAGUCCUCGGAGGCACGGCUGCUCCCGCCCAACAAGGUCGCUCGCGCGGCCGUCUUCCUGCUGCACCGCGCCCUGCGCGACAAGGUGUACUCCGUGUACAGCCUGGCUGCCGAGACCAUCCGCCUGUUCUUCGUGGAGUUCGUGCCCGCCAGGGUGUCGGCUGCGGAGGUGACGAGGAGCGUGGAGAGACUGCUCCCGGAGCUGCUGUCCAAGUCCGGGGACGCGACUCCCAGGAUACACAACAUGGCCGCCCACACCGUCUUGAGCAUGGCCGACUGCCAGGAAGUCAGAGAGCUGCACAUCAUCCCGGUGCACCUGAGCCGUCCCCUGACCAGCAGCACGCACCCGCGGCUGGCCCUCAGCCGGCUCGAGAUGGUGGAGCAGCUCAUCCUGAGCCACGGCAUCUCCACCGACAAGCAGAGCGGGCUGACGUGCCGGGUGCUGGCGGAGCUGGGGUCCUCCGGCCUGCACCACCCGGCCGAGCCGGUGCGCAAGGUGGCGGAGCGCGUCCUCACGCUGGUGUACCGGGUCAACCCCCGGCUGGUGCGCAAGCAGCUACCCCCGGACGACAACAUCACCCGGCGCAACCUGCUGUACCGCCAGCUCUUCCAGGAGUUCGACAAGAUCGACGUGCAGAGGAAGAAGGAGAUCCUGGAGAAGAACAGGCAGCAAGUGGUGCAGCAGCAGCAGCAGCAGCAGCAGCAGCAGCAGCAGCAGCAGCAGAGGUCCCCGGGACACCAGACGGGCAGCAGCUCGUCCUCUGCCAGCGUCAUAACGUCGCCCAGCGACACCUCCCAGCCCGACUCCGGCGACAAGAUGUGUAUAUUCUGCCUGGUAAGAGCCGAGUCCUUCACGGAGGAAGGUCUCAACAUCCAUUACUGGCGAUCCUGUCCGAUGCUGACGCGGUGCGGGCACUGCAAGCAAGUGGUGGAGAUCGCUCACCUGUCGCGCCACCUUGUUGAGGACUGCACCACGCGGGAUCAGUACAAGAAGUGCGAGCGUUGUUCCGAUGCUGUUCUACUGGAGCAGUGGGAGGCACACGAGUCGUCGCACGACUCUGCGUCUGCAGAUGCGACGGUCGCAGGGACUCGCUGCCCGCUGUGCCACACGAGCAUCGCUCCCAGGGAGGACGGCUGGAGACAGCACCUGAUCGUGGCCUCCUGCCCCAACCACCCGCGCCGGAAACACAUCAAGAGCCGCUCCAAAUCGCCAUCCGAAUGCAGGGAAGAUUCAGCACAUGAAUAACUACCAGGAAUGCAGAAAGAGAAAAUAUGUACUUAAAACAUCCGACCAUGGUAUCUAGUUCGUCCUUUUCAAUCCUACAAAAAAAAAAAAACUUUGAUAAUUGUUUAGUUAUUUGCUGUGUUUAUCACACUCAGAACAGUUUUGUCAAAUCUUGGGAACUUGUAUUUCAGACCGUCAAAAAUAAAGAUUGUAUAAUUAUUUUAACU